AUAGGCAGCAACGGCAGCAACCUUGGGCGCCUCGAAACCACGGCGCAGAUAUAUAUAGUAGUUAGUCAUACUCUUACUACGAGAACCACAAUUCUCGUCUCAAAACAAUUCAGACUUCCUCUAUUCUGUUACAACCCAUCUUUCAACAACACACGUCAACAAACAUGCCGGUCACAAUCACAGUCGCGGAUCAUAAAUCCGAAAGCUACCAUAACAGAAACGCCAAAAUCGCCUCGAAUGACGCACUGCUCAGAGGCACUAGUCCAUCAGAUUCCAAAAACUGCAAAUGGAUAAUUCAGAGCUCCGUCUCCGAGGACGAGUUCAGCAAAUCCCACAUCGUCGAGUCGAACAAUGGGUUCGUCCACGCAGCAUUCACAGCAUAUAGCAGGCACCACCACCUUGUUAUUCGCCCCGAAGAUGUCUGGUUCGCCAUACUAUCGCAGCUGAAUGUUUACAUCAACGCCAACGCCGAAGCACUGCGCGACCACUUCGUCUCGCACCAAGGGCAAAAAGAGCUCAGAGUCAAAGAGGUUGGUAAUAUCCAUACCGUAGAUUUUGGCAUGCUCGCACGACGCAUGACAGCGUUGAUUCAAGAGAACGUCAAAGACCCUGAUCUACGAGACUGGAUCAUGCCAGCGUUCAGCACAACUACGGUUACCGAUCGCACGACAGCUGCAGUGCUCAUGAUGGGCAGCAUGAAGGCGUAUUUCAAGUAUAGAUGUUGUCUUAUGUGCGGAAUUCCUACAGUCACUCUGUUAGGCGAACGCGCAGAUUACGAAGAUAUUCUUAAGAGACUCGAAAAGUUGCCAGAAUUAGGCCCUGAAGCAAGUACAUUUGCCGACCUCCUCCGCCCUGUUCUGCGCAACUUUAUCGCAACUUUUGAUCCAGAGCAGUCUACUGUCUCGCACGAUUUCUGGUCCAAGAUCGCACAUCAUCUUGGUGGAGGUAGUGGGCCGUCAUACCUGGGAGGCUGGUUGACAGCAUUCUGCUUCUGGAACGACAAAGGAGAGUGUAUGUACGAUCAGCAGACAGAAUCCCGGAAUCCAUGGGAAACCGAUUCGGAUAGGUUGGAAUUGGAUGGCGUAUCUUACCAUGACGUUGAUAUCUCCGAUAUCCCCAAUGGCUUUGCUUCCGUGCCAGUCUUGGUGGACGAUAAUGGCAAAGAGUACAAGACGAAGAUGAUUGCCGGAUCGCUGGGUAUCAAGGUCACAGGAAAAGACAAUUCACAGGCUGGAACAGAGGAGAAGCUGGAUUCACUCCAGUCACUGAGUGGGUGGAUGAUGUAUGAGAUCAAGGAGUAAAGCGAUAGGGGUCCGUUUUGUUGAGCAGUAGCUUCGACGACGAGAGCGUGCAGCUCUGAGAUAUGAGCGGAAAAAAACACUGUGUCAGUCAAGUGAGUUUUGCAGACUAGUCUUCUCAGUCAAUGUUAGAUUGGCACAGGGAACAAUGAUAUAAUUGCUUAG